AUGGAUCAAACAUGUUCACCACAUUUUUAUUCAUCAAACACAAUGACUGAUUAUAUUUGUAUGACUUCCCCAACUCCUUCACUCUUUUCAACAUCAUUAUCAUCAAUAAUUAAUGUCGAUCCGAUUAAUUCAUCUUCAUCAUCACCAUCCUAUAAUUUAUUAUUGACUCCAGCAUCUAAGACAAUUUCUACACAUGUAAUGUCAAACGAUGAUGAAGAUAUUUGA